AUGUCUACUGGACAAGAAUCGAGUUUGAAUGGUGGGGGAGAUCCAAUUAGUCACCUUUCAGCUCAACUUAACACAAUCAAGAUCGCAGAAGAGAAUAGAGGUAGCCAUAGAAGAGUGUUAAAGACUCAUGAAAUCCCGGCAACAAACAAUAAUAGCUACUCAGAGAAUGGAUCUUCAUUUUUUGGUGGUACAAAUAGUCCAAUAAAUUUCUCUUCUGAUGAAAAGAGAAGACCAAUCAUUCAUAACAAACUUUAUUGUGAGCAAAUUAGAGUGAAGACUAGUGGUAUUAAGGCCAAUCCAAACUCAAGUUCUGCCACGAAAGUGCUACUGAAACUUGGGUCAGAUGAUCUCAAGUCUGUGAAAUCCCAUACUGAAUUAGCACAAACAGCCAAUGGAGUAAGAAUGCUUGCUAGAAAUCUUGCAAAAGCUACCAUCCAGUUGGAUGUGCGAGCCAUCAUGAUUGUCACCAAGGCCAGGGACAACUCGUUGAUAUACCUUACACGUGAAGUGGCCGAAUGGUUAUUGACACGUGAACGAGAAAUCGUGGUGUAUGUUGAUGGAAAUUUGGCUAAACUGAAAAGAUUCGAUGCUGAGGGAUUAAUUAAAACUACACCUAGAGCUGAGACUUAUCUUAAAUAUUGGGAUAGGAAGUUUGCCUUUAGAAAUCCAGAGAAUUUUGAUUUAGUUGUCACUUUGGGAGGAGAUGGAACAGUAUUAUAUGUAUCUAAUUUAUUUCAAAGAGUGGUUCCACCAGUUAUUUCAUUUUCUCUUGGAUCAUUAGGUUUCUUAACAAACUUUAAAUUUGAUCAAUUUAGAGAGAAAAUGUCACAAGCAGUUGAUGCUGGAGUAAGAGCAUAUUUAAGAAUGAGAUUCACUUGUCGAGUUCAUAGGGCAAACGGACAACUUGUAUGUGAACAACAAGUCUUGAAUGAAUUGGUGGUAGAUAGAGGUCCUAGUCCAUAUGUGACUAAUUUAGAACUCUAUGGAGAUGGUUCAUUGUUAACAAUAGCACAAGCUGAUGGAUUAAUCAUUGCCACCCCUACUGGAUCUACUGCAUAUUCAUUAUCCGCUGGUGGAUCAUUAGUACAUCCUGGUGUAAGUGCCAUCAGUGUCACACCUAUUUGCCCCCAUACAUUGUCAUUCAGACCCAUCUUACUUCCUGAUGGUAUGCUUCUUAAGGUCAAGGUUCCGGAAACCAGUAGAUCUACCGCUUGGGCAUCAUUUGACGGUAAAGUUAGAACCGAAUUAAAUAAGGGUGAUUAUGUUACCAUCCAGGCAAGUCCAUUCCCAUUCCCAACUGUUAUCAGCUCUAAAACAGAUUACAUAGAUAGUGUGAGCAGAAAUUUGAAUUGGAAUGUCAGAGAGGCGCAAAAGCCAUUUACUUCACUUUUAAAGAAAAAGAAAACGUCUAAACGCAUCGACGGAGAUGGAGUUGGUGAUAUUUCAGGUCAACCACAUAUAGACGAGGAGGAAGAAGAAGAAGAGGAUGAUGAUGAAUUUGAUAUAAAUACAAAUGAAGAUGAUGAUGAUGAAGCUCAACAGUUGGAGGAAGAGGCGUACGAAACUUGGUCAUCUUCCCUGAUAUCUGAUGAGGAACAAAGUCCAUACCUUCCAGAAAUUGGUAGUGGUAUAAGUACCCCACCUACACACACCCAUAGUUAUAAUAUGGAUGAUAGAACUUGUUUUGCACAUCCAAAUGCAAAGAUCACUCUUCGAGAUUAG